AUGGUCAACAAGCGAAGUCUGGACCACAAAACCGUCUUCCUCUCACUCUGCAUUUUGCACCUGCUGACUCUCUGUGGGGGGCGGCCCCUGAGAAAGAGGACGGUGAGUGAAGUCCAGCUCAUGCACAACAUCGGGGAGCUGAAGCAGGUGCAGGAGCGGCGGGAUUGGCUGCAGCUGAGGCUGCAGGGCAUCCACACCGCCCCCGCCUGGCGCCCGGGGAGCGGCGGGGAGGUGGAUCGAGCGAGGAGGAGGCUGCGGCCGGAGGACCUGCCCGACCUGAGUGACAUGACCCCCGAGGACAUCCAGCACGCCUUAAACUUACUGGAAAAACUUCUCAAGUCAAAGCAGUCGUGA